CCCUUACCCCGUUCCAGCUAAUUUAUUAGCAAACUCCCCCUAACAAAAUCCAAAUUAAUUAAAUAAACCCCCACCUCUAAUCCCUCCCUUUUCUUUUACUUAGCCUAAUUAAUUCCUUAAUUACUUAUUUCCCCCUUAUUUCUCUCUCUAAUAAUGGCAGUUCGCCGGCGACCCCCAACCGCCUCUGCAGCCGGCGAACCCAUUAAAUCCGACAACCAGCUGCUCAAGGCCUCCGAUGCGCUUCCCCUGCCGCUUUACCUCACCAAUGGCCUCUUCUUCACCCUCUUCUUCGCCGUCGCCUACUUCCUCCUCAACCGGUGGCGCGAGAAGAUCCGCAGCUCCACGCCGCUGCACGUCGUCACGCUGUCCGAGCUCGCCGCCCUCUUCUCCCUGUUCGCCUCCAUCAUCUACCUCCUCGGCUUCUUCGGCAUUGACUUCGUCCAGUCCUUCGUUUCCCCCAACUCCAGCGCCGCCCACGGCCCCUGGAACGAUGACGUCGUAGUCCGGCAAAAUAGUUCUAUCAAUUUAACCGCACUCCCCUCCUCCGCCACCUCCGCCGCCUACGAGUCGCCGGCGUUGUCGGCUGAUGACGAGGAAAUCAUCAAGUCUGUCGUCGAUGGAACUACGCCUUCGUACUCUCUCGAGUCCACCCUCGGAGACUGCCGGAGGGCGGCUGCGAUACGGCGCGAGGCCCUGCAGCGGACGACCGGUAGUUCGCUGGAUGGCCUCCCGCUGGAAGGGUUCGACUACGAGGCGAUACUGGGGCAAUGCUGCGAGAUGCCGGUGGGGUACGUGCAGAUCCCGGUGGGAGUGGUGGGGCCGCUGCUGAUCGACGGGGAGGAGUACACGGUGCCAAUGGCGACCACGGAGGGGUGCUUGGUGGCCAGUACCAAUAGGGGAUGCAAGGCCAUCCUCAUGUCCGGCGGGGCCCGCAGCGUGGUUCUCAAGGACGGUAUGACCCGAGCUCCCGUUGUCCGGUUCAGCUCAGCCGCCAGAGCGUCCGAACUCAAGUUCUUCGUUGAGGACCUGCUCAACUUUGAUACACUCGCCGUCGUUUUCAACCGAUCAAGUAGAUUUGCGAAGCUUCAGAGGAUUCAAUGCUCGAUAGCAGGGAAGAAUGUGUACAUGAGGUUUACUUGCAGCACUGGAGAUGCUAUGGGGAUGAACAUGGUCUCCAAAGGCGUCCAAAACGUUCUAGAUUUCCUCCAAAGCGACUUCCCUGACAUGGAUAUUAUUGGCAUCUCUGGAAACUUCUGCUCCGACAAGAAACCGGCGGCGGUGAAUUGGAUAGAAGGGAGAGGAAAGUCAGUGGUGUGUGAGGCAGUGAUCAAGGAAGAGGUGGUGAGGAAGGUACUGAAGACAAAUGUGGCUGCCUUGGUGGAGCUCAACAUGCUUAAGAACCUUACUGGUUCUGCAUUGGCCGGUGCUCUUGGUGGGUUCAAUGCGCACGCCAGCAACAUUGUCGCCGCGAUCUAUAUCGCCACCGGCCAAGAUCCGGCUCAGAAUGUUGAGAGCUCUCACUGCAUCACCAUGAUGGAAGCCAUAAACGACGGCAAGGACCUUCAUGUCUCCGUCACCAUGCCUUCCAUUGAGGUGGGAACGGUUGGAGGAGGAACCCAGCUUGCAUCACAAGCAGCCUGCCUGAACCUGCUGGGUGUGAAGGGUGCAAGCAGAGACUCGCCCGGUUCAAACUCUAGAAAAUUGGCCACCAUUGUCGCGGGCUCAGUGCUCGCCGGAGAACUUUCGCUGAUGUCUGCAAUUGCAGCGGGACAGCUAGUCAAGAGCCACAUGAAAUACAACAGAUCUAGCAAGGAUGUCUCAAAACUUGUCUGCCCCAGUUAAAUGUGCAAAAGAAUAAUAAAAAGUCAAAAAUACCCUUUUGACAUCUUAAACGUCGAUAAUUAGCUUGAGGGGUAUUUUUUCUCUUUUUUUUAGCGUGUAGUAGCAGUAGCUGCCUUUGUAAUCUUUGAUUGUUUGUUUGUUUGUUUAUUUGUUUGUUUGUUUGUUUGUUGUCAAGCUGUCGUUUAGUUUGUAUUUUAAUUAGGAUUAGUUAAUUUUUUUU